UCCGGGAGGCGGGUCCCGGGGCUGCAACUUGUAGCAGGCGGCAUGGCGGCGGCGGCGGCCACGGUCACGGGCCCUUCGGCUGGGGCGUCCGGGGUCCGGAGCAUCUUCUCCACCAUGGACUACGGCCCCGCGCCCGAGAGCCCCUCGCUGGUGCUGGCCUGGCUGGACAAGCAGGGCUCGACCCUGGGGCACUUUGUGAACGGAAAGUGGCUGAAGCCGGAGGGCCAGGAGCCCGUGACCUGCAGGGACCCCUGCUCAGGCGAGCUCCUGGCCAGCUGUUUGCAGGCCGACGACGGCUUCGUGGCUUUGGCCGUGGACGUGGCCGGGCGGGCUUUGGAAGCGUGGAGCCCCCUGCCCGGGGCCGCCCGGGCCCAGCACCUGCUUAGGCUGGCAGAGACGCUCCGCAGGCACCAGAAGCUGCUGUGGACUCUGGAGGCCAUGGCGUCGGGCCGGGUGGUGCGCGAGGUCCGGGACGGGGACCUGCCCCUGGCCCAGCAGCUGCUGCAGUACCACGCGAGCUGGGCCCAGACCCAGGAGCAGGCCCUCUCCGGAUGGGAGCCCGUGGGAGUGGUGGCGGUCGUCCUGCCGCCAGCGUUCUCCUUCAUCGAGAUGAUGUGGAGGAUCUGCCCGGCUCUGGCUGUGGGGUGCACUGUGGUGGUCUUUGGAGGCCCGGCCUCCCUGAGCGCGCUGCUGGUGGCCCAGCUGAGUGAGGAGGCCGGGCUGCCUCCCGGAGUCCUCAAUGUGGUCAUGGGGACGGCCCCGCCAGAGACGCUGCUGCCCGGUCUGCCCGGCGUGGCCAAGGUCGCUUUCUCUGGUCCUGUGCAGGAAGGCAAGGCCUUGCGCCGGGCACUCGCUGGAAGCGGUGCGGACCUCUCCCUGAGCCUGGGCACGGAGUCUCUGCUGGUGGUCACGGACACGGCCGACCUGGACUCUGCAGUGGAAGGGGUGGUGGACGCAGCCUGGUCUGACCGCAGCCCAGGGGGGCUGCGGCUGCUGGUGCAACUGUCUGCCUAUGAGGAGAUGCUGUGGAAACUGGAGACCCGCCUGCGCAGAGUGCGCCAGGGCCGGAGCUUGGACUGGGCUGUGGACAUGGGCACCCGGGGGCCAGCCGCCUGGGAAAGGGCCCAGAGCUACGUCCAGGAGGCACAGAGCCAAGGGGCCCAGAUAUUCCAAGAUGGGAGCACCCCCCCGCAGAGCCCGUUCUUCCCCCCGACGCUGGUCCUGGGCUUGGCCCCAGCCAGCCCCUGUGCCCAGGCGGAGGUACCCUGGCCUCUGGUCACCGUCUUCCCCUUCCGCACGGCCAAGGAGGCUCUGGCCAUGAGCAACGGCACCCCCCGAGGGGGCAGCGCCAGCGUGUGGAGCGAGAGGCUCACCCUGGGCCUGGACCUGGCCUAUAAGCUCCUCAUGGGCACCGUUUGGAUCAACGCCCACGGCCUCAAGGACGCGGCCGCCCCCGUGGGGGGCUGCAAGGAGAACGGCUCCGCCUGGCACGGGGGCCCUGAUGGGCUCUACGAGUACCUGCACCCGGUGGGCAUCCCCCCGCGGCCCCAAGGGCCCCCGCAGCUUUUGGACUACGACAAGUUUGGCCUGUCGGCGCCCCCCGUCCUGCCGUCCGGUACCUCCCCCGCCAGCGCGACCGCCCCAUAUGGGGUCUUUGUGGCCGGGCGCUUCCAGAACCCUUCCAGCCGCAGCUCCAGGCCCGUCCUGGGCUCCGGCGGGCGCAUCUGUGCCCACGUGGCGGAGGGGGGCGCCAAGGACAUCCGGGAGGCCGUGGAGGCGGCACACAAGGCGGCAGCCGCCUGGGCCAGCCGGGUGCCAGGGAGCCGGGCGUCGGCCCUGUGGGCACUGGCUGACGCGGUAUCCCAGAGGAGCCAGGAGCUGGCAGAACAGCUGGUGGAGGUGACGGGCAGCGACCUUGCGGACACUCGGACUGAAGUGGUGCUGAGCAUUGCCCGGCUGCGGGCCUGGGGCGCCCAGGUCCACGCCCAGGGAGCCGGCCUGCACAGCGCCGGGCCCCAUGGGCCUUUUCUGCGCCUUCGAGAGGCUCUGGGCGUGCUGGCCAUCGUCUGCCCGGAGGAGCAGCCCCUGCUCGCCUUUGUGUCUCUCAUCGCCCCGGCCUUGGCCUGGGGCAACGCCAUCGUCGCGGUGCCCAGCGGGGCCUGCCCGCUGCCGGCUCUCCAGCUCUGCCAGGACAUGGCCGGCCUGCUCCCCCCCGGGCUGGUGAACGUGGUGACGGGAGACCGCGAUCAUCUCACCCGCUGCCUGGCCCUUCAUCAGGACGUCCCUGCCCUGUGGUACUUCGGCUCUGCUCAGGGCUCCCAGUUUGUGGAGUGGGCCUCCGCUGGAAACCUCAAGGCCGUGUGGGCAAACGGAGGCCGCAGCCGAUGCUGGGACCGGGAGGGCGAGGGGGCCGGACCCGAGCUGGGCCUUCGGGCGGCCCGCACUAAGGCGCUCUGGCUGUCUCUGGGAGACAUCUGAGCCCGGCCCCAGGCCCACAGGGCC